AUGGAUACGGCUCGGGGCAACCGAUCCAGCUACCACUCUCACGCCUCCACCGGCCACAUUCCCAGAGACCAGCACGCCGGAGCAGCGAGCAGCUUUGAGAUUCAGAGUGAGCGGAAACGCAUUACUGGUGGAGCAGGAAUGCUCGCUCUAGCCUCCGCACGAGCGCUUCUUGAGCAUGGACUUUCUGGCAUUGCUUUACUUGAUCUGCCCUCGGCUCUCCAAAAGGGAGACGUUGAAAUAGAAGCACUUCGAAGAGACUUUCCUUCUGCGAAAAUCAUAACGCAUCAAUGCGACGUCACAGACGCGGCAGACAUGCAGCACGUUGCUGAAAAGGCAAAGAAUGAACUAGGGGAGCUUAACAUUCUCUGUUGCUUUGCGGGCAUAGUCAACUGCGUGGCAGCCGAGGACAUAACAGUCGAGCAAUGGCGCCGUGUCAUUGAUGUAAAUACGACAGGGUCAUGGAUCGCUGCACAAGCAACAUAUGAUUGCCAGUGGACGCGGGGCAAAAUCGUCCUCGUCGCAUCCAUCAGCGGUCAUCGGGUGAAUUACCCCCAGCCUCAGAUCGCGUACAACGUCUCCAAGGCAGCGGUGCUACACAUGAAGAAUAGCUUGGCAGCGGAAUGGACGCAAUACGGAAUCCGAGUCAAUUCUAUCUCCCCGGGAUAUAUGGAUACGGUGCUUAAUGAGGGUGAGGAUCUUGCGCCAUGGCGGCAGAUAUGGGCGGAUCGGAAUCCGAUGCGAAGGAUGGGGUCACCACAGGAGCUGACGGGACCGGUGGUGUUCCUUUGCAGUGAUAUUGGGGGAGCUAUAUCAAUGGAGCUGAUAUUGUUGUUGACGGAGGUGGUCUGGUGUUCUAGGCAUAUACUCUGA